CGCAGGUAUCUUUCUUUUUUAGACCAACACCUUGGAGGACUUCUAUAAGUAGUUGAGGUCCCGCUGCCUGUAUCUAGUUGUGACAGUUUAACCAACAAACCUAAAAACUAUAAGUCAUGAUUUCUUACUCUACACAAGACCAGUCUUUGUACACGCAGCCCGAACCUCUUCUGUUUACACGGCCAUUUAACAUGGAGGUGCCUUCCGGGUAUUAUAACAACGCCAUAGUGCCGAACUUUCAACAGUUGGCUCCAUUUGGUCAGCACCAAUACGUGGAUGGCUGCCUUCCGUUCCCUCAAAACGUGUCAUUUCAGAUGCCCCAGCCCCAAUCCUUCUACUAUCACCCACAGGUCUCUCGCCAGUAUCUUGUCGGCACGAAGGAGCCGUUUCCACAGUACUCUGCGUUUAGCGCUCCCCUUUACCCUCAGGUGCCCGAAUUCUCACAAGAGCUUGCGCAGAGCUCGUAUCCGACUCCAAGUGCGUCCUACGACUACUACCCAGAGGCCCGGUUGUCAGACCCUUGCGACUCUCACGCUGACACCAGUUUGAUAGAUGCUUACUCGCCAGUCGGUAUGGUACAACCAGAUACGGCUAGCUUACUCUCUUUGCCGGGUAUGUCGUUCAAGGCAGAAGAGCUGCACGCUCCCUUUGUCGAGCAUGCUCCACAGGGGUUUUACUACAGCGGUCACGAGGCCAUGGCGGCUCCCGUUCCCUUCCAGGGGAUUGGGGUGCAGGAAAACACCCCUCUUCCCUCACCGAUGGACGACAGAAAGUUCUCCAUGGAGGUGAGACAUGCGUUGGACACCUCCAAAUCCUCACUGAUCUCCAAGGGUGUCGUGAAGCCAAGAAAGAGCCCCGCGAAGAAGUUCCGGAAGCCUGUGGUGAUUGAGGACUCCGAGCACACGACACAGCCUGGGCCUAUCCCCGCCUCCGUCAAGCCCGACUUGAUUAUCGACGAAGCCAAUGGGGGCGAAGAAAAACUUCUCUUUUUCUACUCCACCCAAAAGAUUAUCAAGAAGUUUACGAUUAAAUGUGGCAAGCACCGGAAUAUCGCCUCCCUUGAAGAGUACGUGGAUGCGUUGAUCGCCAGCGGUGAGCUCUCCGAAAAGUACAUGGUAGACAACUGCGUGUAUCCGCGUGCCCUCUGCGACGCUGCGAGCUACACGGGAAACAGGUACAACUACGAGAAACAGUGCAAUAAAAUCGGGUGGUUCUUGUGUUUUUUGAACGGUGAAGCGAUUAUCGGCCAGCGGGGGUUGAUUCAAAGGGCGGUGGAUUCCUGGAGAAAUACCCGCGUGGAGACAAAGUUCAAGUCCAGACGGGUGCGGAACCAGAUCAAGGUGACCACCGUGGAUGCGGUGUAGUCAGGCUACAGGAGUGUCAAUAACUUGCUACGAGGCAAACGGUAACGGAAAAUUUAAUAUAUCUUUAUGUAGUGCCCCUGGUCGAAGCGUGUCAGUGUAAAUUCCAGAAUCGCGCCUCAUUGUCGCUACUGCUCUUGUACCAUGCCUCCGAGCGAGCCUAACCUCCAUCUGUCAUUCUACUGCGCCACCAUAGGCCGUAUGCUAAAGCUGCUCGUUGCGUUUUUGCAACUCGGUUAAUGCUUGCUGCAUCCACACUAGUCAGGUGCGCCCUGUAUGGGAUAGUCACUAGUCCCUCACAGUUUCUUCUUUACCUCUCGCUAAAAUGUAAUCUCCGCGCCGCAACCAACUGUUAAGUACAUAGUUUUGGUGGCUGUAAUCCAGAUUCUUUCUAGGUUUUGUAGAACGUAAACCCAAACAGACUCAAAUAGCUCUGAACUGAAUGCACGUGGGUGCUUC